GCCUGAGCGGAGGAAGUUGGCCUCGGAACGGCCUCCAGCGUGUGGGGUCGGUUGCGAGGCGGCAGCGGCGGCCGCUUCCAGCCCCCGCGGGCGGCGCGAUGGGAGACGAGAUGGACGCCAUGAUCCCCGAGCGGGAGAUGAAGGACUUUCAGUUUCGAGCUCUGAAGAAGGUGAGAAUCUUCGACUCCCCUGAGGAUCUGCCGCGGGAGCGCUCGAGCCUGCUCGCAGUGUCCAACAAGUACGGGAUGGUCUUCGCUGGCGGAGCCAGUGGGCUGCAGAUCUUUCCUACCAAAAAUCUUCUCAUUCAGAAUAAACCUGGAGAUGAUCCCAAUAAGAUAAUUGACCAAGUGCAGAGCUUGCUCGUUCCCAUGAAGUUCCCGAUCCAUCACCUGGCUCUGAGCUGCGACAGCCUCACGCUCUCCGUGUGCAUGAUGUCCAGUGAACUUGGUUCCAUUAUUGCUUUCUUUGAUGUCCGCACAUUCUCAAACGAGACAAAACCGCAGAAACGCCCUUUUGCCUAUCACAAGCUUCAGAAGGAUGCGGGCGGCAUGGUGCUGGAUAUGAAGUGGAACCCCACUGUCCCCUCCAUGGCGGCCGUGUGUCUGGCUGACGGCAGCAUCGCUGUGCUGCAGGUCACGGAUGUUGUCAAAGUGUGUGCGACGCUCCCUUCCACGGUGGCGGUGACCUCCGUGUGUUGGAGCCCCAAAGGAAAGCAGCUGGCAGUGGGGAAGCAGAACGGAACUGUGGUCCAGUACCUUCCUACUCUGCAGGAAAAAAAAGUCAUUCCUUGUCCUCCGUUUUAUGAGGCCGAUCAUCCUGUGCGAGUCCUGGAUGUGCUGUGGAUCGGCACCUACGUGUUCACGAUUGUCUACGCCGCUGCAGACGGCACCUUGGAGACGGCUCCGGAUGUGGUGAUGGCGCUGCUCCCGAAAAAAGAAGAGAAGCACCCCGAGAUAUUCGUGAACUUCAUGGAGCCGUGCUAUGGCAGCUGCACGGAGAGACAGCACCAUUACUUCCUCAGUUACGUGGAGGAGUGGGAUUUAGUGCUGGCAGCUUCUGCGGCGUCAACAGAAGUUGGUAUCCUAGCUCGACAGAGUGAUCAGAUUAAUUGGGAGUCUUGGCUAUUAGAGGAUUCUAGUCGAGCCGAACUACCCGUGACUGACAAAAGUGAUGACUCCUUGCCUGUGGGAGUGGCUGUGGACUACACUAACCAGGUGGAAGUGGCCAUCAAUGAUGAGAAGACCCUCCCUCCUGCUCCAGUUCUCUUGCUGCUUUCUACAGACGGUGUGCUCUGUCCGUUUUACAUGAUCAAUCAAAAUCCUGGGGUCAGGUCCCUCAUCAGGACCCCGGAGAGGCUCUCCCUCGAGGGAGAGCGACAGCCCAAGUCAUCAGGAAGUACUCCCACCACCCCAACCUCCUCGCCCGCUGCCCAGAAACUGGAUUCCCCGCUGACCGCCGCUGCCAUCUCAGUGCCUCCCUCGGGGCCUGCUGCCCCCACCUCCACCUUCUCUCUGCCCUCUCUCGGCUUCUCCUUUGCCACUUCCUCCUUGAAGCCGCCGGCAUCGGCAGCUGGGGAGCCCCCGGCAUACUCCAGCGCCUUGAACACGCCCAAAGCAGCUCUGGGUUCCAGUGCCUCCGCCUUCCCUUUCGCUUCUCCUCCUCCCCAAGCCUCCCCGGCUCCCACCCCUGCGGCUUCGCCCGUGGCGUCGGCAGCUCCCCCCUUCUUGGGCGCAGUGGGCUUUAAGCCCACCCUGCAGAGCACACCGGCCCCCAGCUUGUCUCCUGCCAACGUGGGGCUGAAGCCCUCCAGCCUGCCCGCGGCGGCCAUGGCCAAGAGUGGCCCAAGCGAAAGCUCCCAGAGCGCACCCCCCAUACUGCCGCUCUCGUCCACCUCCAAGCUCACUCCCGGCUUGCUCAGUCACACGCCACCGGUCUUUCUGCAGCCUAGUGCCAUGUCAUCGAAACCCUCCGCGUCUCCCUCAGGGCCAGGGCGAGCGACCCACGGCAGUCUCAGUCCAGUGCCCUCCAUGGCGCAGAAAUCACCCAAGAUAGCCCCGACGGUGACCAAGGCCCAGAUGAAGCCGUUUCAGCUCUCCGCGACCGAGAAGCAGGCGCAUCCGUGGAAAGACUCGGACCCCGUCUUGGCUGGGAUCGGGGAGGAGAUCGCGCACUUCCAGAAGGAGCUGGAAGAACUGAAAGCCCGGACCUCCGAGGCUUAUUUCCAGGUGGGCACUGCCGAGGAGAUGAAGAUGCUGCGGGCAGAGUCCGACGGCCUGGACACCUUCCUCCUGGAGAUCAAGGACACUACCGAGUCUCUCCACGGGGAUAUAAGCACCCUGAAAACGACUCUGCUGGAGGGAUUUGCUGGUGUCGAAGAAGCCCGAGAGCAGAACGAGCGGAACCGUGACUCCGGAUACCUGCAUCUGCUUUAUAAGAGACCCCUGGAUCCGAAGAGUGAGGCCCAGUUGCAGGAAAUCCGGCGCCUUCAUCAAUACGUGAAGUUCGCUGUCCAGGAUGUAAAUGACGUUCUAGACUUAGAAUGGGAUCGGCAUCUGGAACAAACCAAAAACCAAAAGCGCCUGCUGGUGCCAGAGCGAGAGACGCUGUUUAACACCCUUGCCAACAACCGCGAGAUCAUCAACCAGCAGCGGAAGAGGCUGAAUCACCUGGUGGACAGUCUCCAGCAGCUCCGACUUUAUAACCAGACCUCCCAGUGGAAUCUUCCCCCGGAUGUUCCUCCCCCGAGCUCCACCCGCAGUUUUGACAGUGACCUUGAAAGCCUCCGGAAUGCUUUGUUGAAAACCACCAUAGAAUCUCAUUCCAAACCUUUGCCCAGAGUUCCAGCUAAACUGUCCCCGGUGAAACAGGCUCAACUGAGAAACUUCUUGGCCAAGAGGAAGACCCCGCCCGUGAGAUCCACAGCCCCAGCCAGCCUGUCUCGGUCGGCCUUCUUGUCUCAGAGAUGCUGUGAUGACGUGGAUGAGUACAGCUCCACCUCCUCCAUCACCCAGCCCCUGGACAGCGAAGAUGCGGCCGCGACCUUGUCAUCACGGCACGCGCCCGUGACCCGCACGUCUUCCAUCCAGCCCAGCGUGAUGGUCUUUGGCUCCAACGUCCCCAAGUCUCAUUCAGUUAACAACCAAGCUAUGGUGAUGCCCAAUUUAGGAACGGCAUCCAGCAAAGUCAUGCCCCAAGGGGCCGAUAGCACCAUGCUCCCCACAAGGACCGUGAAGCAUGGCGCUCCCGGGCCUUCGCAGGCCAGCCCGGCCUCCCAGGCCGCCGGAGCGGCAGCGCUGAGACGGCAGCUGGCCAGUCAGGCUCCAGCUGUGAGUACCUUGACGGAAUCAACCCUGAAGAAUGUUCCUCAGGUCGUGAACGUGCAGGAGUUGAGCAGCACUCCGCCUCCGUCCGCCGUGGGUUCACCGGCGCCAUACUCGACAGCCAAAACAGCUCACCCAGGCUUGACGCCAGUGACGGCGAACCAGUCUAAACAGGGUUCUUUCAUUAAUUCCCCAAAGCCUCCUGCACCCACAGCAGCUUCUGGUCAGUUGUCAUCUGGUGAUAAAGCUUCAGGGCCAGAGGCGACCAAGAUAGAAACAGCUGUGACUUCUCCAUCUGUCGGGCAGUUCAGCAAGCCUUUCUCCUGCUCCUCCUCUGGGACCGGCUUUAAUCUUGGGAAACUCACACCAGCGCCAUCUUCGAAUCUCUUUGCUGCACAAGGUUCGACUCCCUCCGCCAAAGAUGCCAGCCAGCUAGACACAUUCUCCUCAGGCGGGACGGGCAAGCCUUUCUACGAGAGCGCUCCCGACGAUACGGCCCCCACGGGGCUCACCACAGACGCUCCUGCCGCGGCCUCCCCGGGAGAGAUGGCUCCACUGAUGAUCCGGCCCGCAGCUUCUUCCACCGUCCCCCUCAGCUCUGCAGCCGGCAAGCUGAGCGAGCUGUUCCCCAGCCCUCUCACGGGAGAGACACUCGGGAGCUUCUCGGGACUGCGGGUCGGCCAAGCAGAGGACUCGGCCAAGCCAGCCGGUAAAAUGUCAGCCACAAAUCUAGCGAGUGUCCAACCCACCAAGACAUCCGCCGGGCCCUCGGGGUUCAGUUUCACGGCCCCCCUGGUGUUGGAGAAGCCCGCAGAGCCCCCCGCGACUGCGGUAUCCAGCACACCAGCAGCAUCCGCAGCUGCAGCCAGCGCCAGCAUGAGCAGCUCCCCUGCUGCGGUGUUUGGGGGUCUGGCCCCGGUCAGCUCGGGCCCCUCAGGGAUGGUCAGUUUCGGAGGGAUCACCGCAGGUGGCAGCAAGACGGGCUUUACGUUUGGAAGCCAGCAGGCUAACAGUCCAGCACCCACGUCCACGCCACCGGCAGCCACCACCGCUGCGCCCCUGCCCACAUCCUUCCCCACCUUGUCAUUCAGCAGCCUCCUGAGCUCAGCAGCUGCCCCGUCCUUGCCCAUGGCCUCUGGCAGAACCACAGAAGAGGCCCCGUCCUCAGCUCUGCCCGAGAAGCCAGGCACCAGUGAGGCCUUGGCACCCACAGCCUCGCCCCUAGGGCAGCAGCCAGCCCAGGGGCUGGUGCAGACGCCGGACAAGAAGGAGCCUGCUCUGGCCCCCGCGCUGGACAGCAGCCCCAGGGCACCCAGCCCCAGCUUCGUGGCACCCACUGCUGAGGUCCCCGCAGCCACGCCUGGGGUUCCCGACGUCAAGACGGAGCCGGCCUCUCCUGCCAGCCCUUCCGGGCUCGAGCCGCCUGCUCCCACAGUGACCCCUGUCUCAAGUGCGGUGCCGGCGGCUGCAGAAACAUCCAGUGCCCCCUUGGCCUCCACCGCGGCCCCCACCGUGGCUCCCAGCCCCGCCACAGAGACCACGGUCUUCGGGACGGUCUCUUCCACUGCAUCCGUGUUCUCUCAGCCGCCUGCUGCCAGCUCCAGCUCCGCUUUCAGUCAGCUUGCCAGCAGCACAGCCACGGCCCCCUCGGCGUCCCCCGUGUUUGGGCAGGUGGCGGCGAGCACGGCGCCCAGCCUGUUCGGGCCGCAGACCAGCAGCAUCGCCAGCACAGCAGCCACUGCGCCCCCAGUCAGCAGCUCGGGCUUCGGCAGCCCCGCCUUCGGCACGGCGGCUACGGGCGUCUUCGGGCAGACCUUCGGGCAGGCCCCAACCUUUGGGCAGGCGACCAGCAGUCCAGCGAGUGGCUUUUCCUUUACCCAGCCGGGAUUCAGUUCCGUGCCGGCCUUCGGCCAGGCCGCCACCUCCACACCGUCCUCGACCAGCGGGAGCGUGUUCGGGGCGGCGUCGAGCGCCAGCAGCUCCAUCUCCUUCUCGUUUGGACAGUCUUCCGCCGGCACAGGCGGGGGCCUGUUCGGCCAGAGCAGCGUGCCUGCUUUCGGCCAGAGCCCCAGCUUUGGCCAGGGAGGCUCCGUGUUUGGCAGUUCCUCGGCCACCACCACCACAGCGUCCUCCUCAGGGUUCAGUUUCUGCCAGGCAUCAGGUUUUGGAUCUAGUAAUACAGGUUCCCUGUUUGGUCAGGCGGCCAGUCCUGGUGGAACAGUUUUCGGCCAGCCUGCCGCUGCCUCAUCUUCCAGCAGCAGCGUGUUUGGGUCCGGGAGCACCGGACGAGGGGGAGGUUUCUUCAGUGGCCUUGGAGGGAAACCCAGCCAGGAUGCGGCCAACAAAAACCCAUUCAGCUCGGCCAGCGGGGGCUUUGGAUCGACCGCCACCUCGAAUCCCUCAAACCUGUUCGGAAACAGUGGCGCCAAGACCUUCGGCAGCUUCUCCAGCUCCUCAUUUGGAGAGCAGAAGCCUGCCGGCACUUUCAGCUCUGGGGGUGGCAGCGUGGCGUCCCAAGGCUUCGGCUUCUCCACGCCCAAUAAAACAGGUGGCUUCGGUGCUGCUCCAGUGUUCGGCAGCCCUCCGACUUUCGGGGGAUCCCCUGGGUUUGGAGGGGUGCCGGCAUUCGGUUCAGCCCCAGCCUUUACAAGCCCGCUGGGCUCGACGGGAGGCAAAGUGUUCGGAGAGGGCACGGCGGCCGCCAGCGCGGGAGGAUUCGGGUUUGGCAGCGGCAGCAACACCACCUCGUUCGGGACCCUCGCCAGCCAGAACGCCCCAACAUUCGGCUCCCUGUCGCAGCAGACCUCCGGCUUCGGGACGCAGAGCGGGGGCUUCGCAGGCUUCGGUGCUGGCAGCGGAGGCUUCAGCUUUGGAUCCUCAAACUCGUCCGUCCAGGGCUUUGGUGGCUGGAGAAGCUGAGUGGGGGUCCCUGUGCCCCUCGGGUUCCUGUGACCAGCCGCUGAGUUGGCGUCAGCUCCUCCUCCCUGAGACACGCCGCAAGGACACUCGCACAGACCAGGCCGGGAAGGACAGCAGGCCCGGCGCCCCAGAUGCGCCCCGGGCCGGCGCCCCUCCCUGCAUUAAACUCUGCUGU